AUGCGCUUCUCUACGCUCGCUUCCACUGUCCUCCUCUCCGCCGCUGCUCUCGCGGUACCCACGAAACUUGCCGCGAGAAGCUCGAGAGUCUACAUAACCUCGGACCCCUUCUGGGGCUACCGCGAGAACUCCGGCUUCUUUCAAGCCUUCGACAUCGAGGGCGCUGAUAAAUGCGUCGAUCUCAAGGGGACUAAAUUCGACAACGCCAUUUCGUCCUUCGGCCCCGAUUCGGGCGUCAAAUGCAUCGUCUAUGACGGGUACAAUUGCACCGGGCAGAACGAGCCAAUUUGGUACUCUGGAUACGCGGAUAUGGGUUGGAAUGGAUGGGACAACCGCGUGAGCUCAUACGAGUGCGGAUUCUGCACCAAGGGUGUGGAUAAGGGAUGCUUGUAG